AUGGACGCUGCGAUAGAAGCGGAGGAGGAGGUCGACCUGGAGGCCAAGCGCCCGCCUUACAUCCAUGCGAUGUUGGCUGGUGGCCUGGGCGGUCUCACCGGAGACAUGCUCAUGCAUUCCCUGGACACCGUGAAGACCCGCCAGCAGGGUGAUCCGCACAUCCCCCCCAAGUAUACCUCCAUGGGCAAUACGUAUCGAACCAUAUUCCACCAAGAGGGUUUUUUGCGAGGGCUUUAUGGCGGAGUGAUUCCUGCGUUUCUGGGUUCUUUCUCCGGCACUGUUAUUUUCUUUGGCACUUAUGAGUGGAGCAAGCGCUUCAUGGUUGACGCGGGCAUCGCGCCGCCAAUUGCAUACUUCAGCGGAGGCCUACUAGCUGAUCUUUUCGCUGCACCCCUCUACGUCCCGUCAGAAGUCCUCAAGACCCGGCUUCAGCUCCAAGGUCGCUACAACAACCCGUAUUUUCGAUCUGGCUAUAACUACCGCGGUACAUGGCACGCUGCGAGGACUAUUGUGCGCUUGGAAGGAUGGCAUGCGCUUUUCCAUGGCUUCAAGGCUACCUUGGCGCGUGACCUCCCCUUCUCGGCGCUACAAUUUGCUUUCUACGAACAGGAGCAGAAGCUGGCUAAGAGCUGGGUUGGGUCCAAGGAUAUCGGCCUCCCGCUGGAAAUAUUGACAGGCGCCACCGCUGGUGGCAUGGCUGGAACUAUCACCUGCCCCCUGGAUGUUGUCAAGACCAGAAUCCAAACGCAGCAGAGUCCGGAGGCCGCAGCGGCGUUUAAUGCAAAGGUUGCCAAACAGAAGUCAAAUGUCUCGUCAAGUUCGCCAAGGUCCAACUCCAAACCUUCAAAACACAGCACUCCUCCCGGCCCCGGCCCAGGUCAUGGAACGCCUAAAGGCUCAAAGCGACCUAUCUCAACAUCCUCUCCUUCUACUUCCCUCAAGCAACAUUCGGCAGCCACGCUCGAUACAUCGUCAAUCAUCAAGGGCUUGCGAAUGAUUUACAAGACGGAGGGUGUUUGGGGUCUGUUCCGUGGAGUCGGUCCAAGAGCAGUCUGGACGAGCGUGCAGAGUGGCACCAUGUUGGUCCUUUACCAGACUCUUCUCAGAUGGUUUGAACGGCAUCCGCUUGUUUCUCAAGAGGAAUUGUAG